AUGGUCGGCUCGCGGAUGCCUCAGCUCCUGUCCCGGACGAUGAUCCUGGCGCUUAUUUUCCUUCCUCAGGCACGGCCGGCGGGCGUCUUCGAGUUGCAGAUCCACUCUUUCGGGGCAGGACCGGGCCCAGGGGCUCCGCGGUCCCCCUGCAGUGCCCAGGGUCCCUGCCGCCUCUUCUUUAGGGUCUGCCUGAAGCCAGGGGUCUCCGAGGGGGCCGCCGAAUCUCCGUGCGCCCUGGGCGCGGCGCUGAGUGCGCGCGGGCUCGUCUACACCCAGCAGCCGGAGGCGCCAGCGCCUGACCUGCCGCUGCCCGAUGGCCCCCUGCGCGUGCCCUUCCGAGACGCCUGGCCUGGCACUUUCUCUCUCAUCAUUGAAACCUGGAGAGAAGAGUUUGGAGAGGAGAUUGGAGGGCCCUCCUGGAGCCUGCUGGCGCGCGUGGCCGGCCGGCGUCGCCUAGCGGCCGGGGGCCCGUGGGCCCGGGACGUGCAGCGCGCAGGCACCUGGGAGCUGCGCUUUUCGUACCGCGCGCGCUGCGAGCCGCCCUCCGCUGGGACGACGUGCGUGAGCGUCUGCCGCUCGCACAGCGCGCCCUCGCGGUGCAGCCCGGAACUGCGCCCCUGCGGGCUGCUGGAGGACGAGUGCGAGACUCCAGAGGCAUGUCGAGCAGGCUGCAGCCCAGAGCACGGCUUUUGUGAGCAGCCAGAUGAAUGUCAAUGCCUGGAAGGCUGGACUGGGCCCCUCUGCACCAUCCCUGUCUCAGCCAGCAGCUGCCUCAGCCCCAGGGGCCCAUCUUCUGCCACCACUGGAUGUGUUGUACCUGGUCCGGGGCCCUGUGAUGGGAACCCAUGCGCCAACGGGGGCAGCUGCAGUGAAACACCAGGGUCCUUUGAAUGUGCCUGUCCCCGUGGAUUCUAUGGGUUGCGGUGUGAAGUGAGCGGGGUCACAUGUGCGGAUGGACCUUGCUUCAACGGUGGCUUGUGUGUGGGAGGUGCAGACCCCGACUCUGUCUACAUCUGCCACUGCCCACCUGGUUUCCAAGGCUCCAAUUGUGAGAAGAGGGUGGACCGGUGCAGCCUGCAGCCAUGCCGGAAUGGCGGGCUCUGCCUGGACCUGGGCCACGCCCUUCGCUGCCGCUGCCGCGCGGGCUUCGCGGGGCCGCGCUGCGAGCAUGACCUGGAGGACUGCGCCGGCCGCGCCUGCGCCAACGGCGGCACGUGCCUGGAGGGCGGUGGCGCGCGCCGCUGCUCCUGCGCGCUGGGCUUUGGCGGCCGCGACUGCCGCGAGCGCGCCGACCCGUGCGCUGCGCGCCCCUGUGCCCACGGUGGCCGCUGCUACGCUCACUUCUCCGGCCUCGUCUGCGCCUGCGCGCCCGGGUACAUGGGCGCGCGCUGCGAGUUCCCAGUUCACCCAGACGGCGCGGACGAGGGCGCAGACACCUUGCCCGCGGCUCCGCUGGGUGUCAAGCGUGGGGACCCGCAGCGCUUCCUUUUGCCGCCGGCUUUGGGACUGCUGGUGGCCGCGGGCUUGGCCGGCGCUGCACUGCUGCUGGUGCAUGUGCGACGCCGUGGCCCUGGCCGGGAUACUGGGUCUCGCUUGCUGGCAGCGACCCCGGAGCCAUCCAUCCACGCACUCCCUGAUGCGCUCAACAACAUGAGGACUCAGGAGGGCCCCGGGGAUGGCCCGAGCCCGUCAGCAGAUUGGAAUCACGCUGAGGAUGGAGACUCCUGUGCGAUUUACGUCAUACCUGCUCCUUCCAUCUAUGCUCGGGAGGCCUGACCUGUCCCUCCUCCACCAGUGCUUUGAGACAACCUGGAUAUUUACUUGGUGGUGCCCAAUCUCUGCGGAGUGGCUGGGAGAAUUUUACCCUUGGAAGCUGUACAUAGUACUUAUUUAUAUCCUAUUUUUCUUCUCUCCCCGUCGCUCCAGAGACAUCUAUAAAGGCUGUUACUUUGAUCAGUGUCGAAUCAUCGGCUGAGUGCUUUGUAUUCCGUGUUGGGGCUGCAGGAACAGAUUUUUGUCUCCUUUGAAGAAUAACAGGACUAUGUUGUAGGGGUCAGAAACAACUCAAAGUGGUUUAUAUAAGAAAGAACUUAUUUGUUCAUAAUAAAGAAAAAUCCUGUGCUAGGUGUAGAUUCAGCAGGACAGGGUUCAGGGCUCAACGCUUGCAGCUGUCUCUAGGAUGACUUCGUAUGUUAGCGGCUUUCGUUGGUCCUGGCUUGUCACGUGGCUUUGCCUGAACUAGCGGCCAGCAGUAAGGCUUAUUUUGAUUGGCCGGACUAGGUCACUUGUCUAGUGCGUGGCCAGAAGUAGGGUUAGCGCGUUCAAAUCACAUGGAAUACAUGGACGAAGGGGUGCUCCUCCCUCUACCAACACUCGGAGGUUGUUGACGGACAUGAGUGCUUCACCUGGCAGGCAAACCAGCAGAGCAGUCAGUGAGAGCAGAAAGGACCCGUUUUACAGAGGAGGAAGCUGAGGCUCAGAGAGUGAAGGAACUUUAACAAAAAGCAAGUCAGUGUGGGAGCUGGGAUGGAGUCAUCCUGUAUGACGCCUUCAUGCUAAAGAGCUUGUAGGAAUUUUGUGGGCGUGCUAUUCAUAUUUGUUUCUAAAAAUACAAAAGGCAAACUAUGUUGGCUGCCUGCAACACCCUGAUGAUGUUUAUAAGGUAUUACACAAAACAUUUCAUGGGUAAUUUAAUAGAAUUUCUAAAAUGAGAAAUACACAUUUCCUUAAAUCCAGAAGUUAACAUUUUUAGGACUUUACCUUAUACAUAUAUUUUCACUUGUGCACAAAAGGAUCUGUAUUGCAGUGUUGUUUAUAAUAGCAAAAGGCUGUAAGCAGCCUAAAUGUCUGAUGAGAGGGGACUGGUUACAUUAAUUAUGGGCCAUUUAUAAAUAGACUGUUAUACAGUUGUUAAAAUUUUGAGGCAGAUGCAUUUGUGCUAAUCUGAAAAAACAAGAUGCAAAAGAAUGUACAGGGUGCUUCAUCUGUGUCUUUAAAAUGGACUAUAUGGAAUUCCACUUAUGGUAUUUCCAGCAAAAUAUGGAAACAACCCAAAUGUCUGUCACCUAGUGAAUGGAUAAACAAAAUAAUAUGGUCUAUCUACACAAUGGAAUAUUACCCAACCAUAAAAAAGGAUGAUGUACUGUCACAUGCUAAGACAUGGAUGAGCCUUGAAAACCAUAUGUUAAGUGAAAGGUGUCAGUCACAUUGAUCCCAUUUAUGUGAAAUGUCCAGAAGAGGCAAAUCUAUAGAGAUAGAAAGUGGAUUAGUGGUUGUCUGGGUCUGGGGGUGGGAAUGGAGAGUGACUGUAAAUGGCAGGAGGGAUUUUAUUGGGGGGUGGAAAUACUCUAGA